ACAGUUCAAACUAUGUUGUCAACCAUCAAAUUGCAAUGGGUUCCUAACCCGUAGCUGACGUAUUUUAUAUUUAUAUGAAAUAUAAGUUGUACAGAUUUAAAAUAUAAGUGAAUUAGCAGUGUUUGUUUUUAUCUAAUAUUAUUUAAUAUAGUUCAUGAUUAAGAAAUAAUGUCCUUCGAGUACUUGCCCGUGGCCGAAGAUGAAAAUGAAGAACCCAUAGAACUUCCCAUCGAAGAAGAUGGAACGUUGAUGUUAACAACAGUGUCUGCGCAAUUUCCUGGAUGUUGUGGUCUUAAGUAUCGGCAUCCUGAGACUAAAACAUUUAGAGGUAUCAGGUUAAGAGAUGGCAGAUUGUACCCUCCUCCAGAAGGUUGGGGUAAUUACUUGUACAUCUGUAGCUUUCCGAAGGAAAAUAAAAGAAAAUCAGGUGAAAGUUCAGAAACUUCUUCAAUCAAAAGUAAACGAAAUGAUAAUCUUUGCUCUGAUUUAAUAGUUUUGGGCUUGCCAUGGAAAGCUACUGAACAAACUGUACGUGAGUACUUUGAGAAGUUUGGGGAAGUUCUAAUGGCACAAUUAAAGCGCGAUCCUAAAACUGGUAUGUCAAAAGGUUUUGCGUUUAUACGUUUUUCAUCUUACACAUCUCAAAUGAGAGUAUUAGCACAGAGACAUAUGAUUGAUGGUCGCUGGUGUGAUGUACGGAUACCCAAUUCUAAAGAAGGUUCAGUAACAUCAAUGCCUUGCAAGGUUUUCGUUGGACGCUGCACUGAAGACCUAACAGCUAAUGAUUUGAGGGAAUAUUUCUCACAGUUUGGUGAAGUUACCGAUGUUUUUAUUCCAAAGCCAUUUAGAGCAUUCAGUUUCAUAACAUUUUUGGAUCCUGAAGUCGCACAAAGUCUAUGUGGUCAAGACCACAUUAUAAAAGGAGUAUCUGUUAAUGUGUCAAAUGCAUCACCUAAACAAAAUAAAAGUGGAUCAAAUCAACGAAACUUACCAAGUAGAAAUUAUGAUGAAGGACACCCACAUAAUGCAUCAAAUAACAACUCUUGGAGUAACCGUAAUAUGGACAUGGUAAACAUGCAAGCUUUAGGCCUAUCAGGACAACAUGGUCAGACUGCUGUAGCUGGGGGUGGAGGUCAAGGACAAGGAGGCAGUAUGCCCCUUGGCAUGGGGGGCUUACCAGUAAAUCAGGCACUUGUAGCAGCAGCAUUGAAUCAAGCAGCUGGGUGGGGUUUGAUUAACAAUAUACCAUCUGCGGGUUCAGAUCAGGGUGCCUUUGCAGGACCGGGAUCAUCAGCUCCACCUGCUCCCCCAAAUUUUCUAUCAUGGAUGCAACAAGGUAAUUCUGCACAGGGACCUUCUAGUCAGUGGGGACAAAGACAUCAAUCCCAAGGCCACUCCGUUUGAACCAGUGUCUGAUUUGAUAAGCUCACAAUAAUCUCUGUGAUUGUAGCAAGAAUUAGAUAAUUAUUAUUUGUCAUUAUCUACAAAGCAAAUGGGUUGUUCUGUCGGUGAAGAGUGGUUUGCUAAUGAUGUUAUUAAUUUAUUAUGGAAUUGCUUGUGUUUUGUUGUUUUCUUGAUACUAUAACUGUUAAAAUUGCAUAGGUAAAACAUUGGAAACAUUUAAAUCUGUAGGUAGUGCCUUUAUUUUGCAAAUAUUAGGUAAUUGUUUGUGUGCUUUUUAAUUUCAAGUAAUUUUACUUUUGACUAUGUUUAGCCCACAAUUAAAAAUUGCAACAAUAUAAUGUUUUAAAAUAAUAAUUUGAGUGAAACCCCGUUAUAUAUAUUUUAUAUACAAUAUUAAAAUGUCUUCAUUUUGUAUAACAAUGAAAUAGAAUGAUUAUAAAUCUUAAUUUUUCUUAUUGUUGUUGUAUAAUAUAUUUUUAGUUGAUGGGUUUCUGUUAAUUCCUGUCCUGUAUUUCAACUAGUUAGACUUUUUAAUUUGGUACUUUCAUGGCUUUUGGAUAUGAUUAACUGAAGUUAGGUAUUUGGGACAGUUAUGUUAAAACCAUAAUAUUAAAAUUAUUUCUUAUAAAAGUUUGUUGCUAUAUAUUGUAUGUUAUUUUGAGUCGCAUAUUCAAAAUAUUUAACAAUUUAUACAAAAGUAUAUAUGAGCUUGUUUUAUUCUACAUAUUAUACAUACAUUGGUGUUGUCAUAUUUUCUUACCCAACAUUUUAUACAUCCCAAAAAUAAGUUGUACCUAUCAUAGAUUAAGUGUACUGUGCUUUGUACAUUAAUAGAUAUAUGUUUUUACAACAGACUGUUGAAGGUUCAUACUUGUAUAGUAAAUGAUAGAGCUCUAUUGAUUGUUAUCAUUGUUUAUCAAAUAAUGUUGAUUAUUAUAAAUUUAUUAUGUGUGUUUCCUCAGGAUAUGUGCAAAUUGAGGGUAAAUGUCUAUUUUUGACUAAAUAAAUGGCUAGAUAUCUUUGUGACUUAGCAAUGUGGAAUUGUUCGAAGAAUGGGUACCUAGCUAUAGAUAUAUUUAAUCCACUGGCAGUAUGAAAAAGUGAACAUAAUUGUAGAGAAGAUCUAAAUGAUGUUGGUACAAAUUUUAAGACUGUAACUAAUUUUCCAUAAAUUAUAUAAAUGAAAUAGUUUAUAAUAUAAAUAUAUAUUUACAAAUUAGUGCAAAUAUAAAAUUUGAAGUCAAAUCUUGAAAUAAAAAUUAUAAACAAUUAAUCUUUAAAAAUGAUGUAAACUUUACGAAAAGAAAGACACCAUUUAUUUAAACUUGAUUGUAUAUUGUUUACAGUUACAAAAUGUCAGAGAUGGAAAUGUAGUGUAACAUUAUUAUAUAAAACUAACAAAAUAAAAUGACACUGUUUGAUUAAAUAACAAUUUGACUGGGAUAACCACAUUAAUAAUUAAAUAAAAUUUACCACUUAAACUACACCUGCACUUGAAAUUUAAAAAAUGUCUAUUACUUAAGUCAGUGGAGUUAUUUAUAUAGUUUUUAAAAUCAUUUUUCUGAUUCUUCUUUUUCAUUUAACUUGUUUUAAGAAAAAAAUAUGUUAUCUAUACAUGAUUGUAUUGAUGAUGAGUGAUAAUUAUAAAAAAUACUAAACCAUCUAUAUACAUGGGUACCUAUUCAACAUAUUUGUAUAUUUAUACUUCAAAUUGAAUAAUUAUGCUUUGUGUUUUUUAUUUAUAAUUCUUUGAAUAAUUUUGUUUUCAUUUGUAUUUAAAGUUUUUUUGUUUUAUUAACUUAUUUAAAAUUGACCAAAUAUGGUUCUUAUUAGUGCCUGUUAUAUGAAUAGAUUUUAAUGUCUGAUGAAUAUUACCUGGAAAAAAUAUAAUUUUAUAAGCUAAAAUGUCAAUUUGAUUACAUAUAGAAUAGAAUAAAGAGAUGGAAUGGUAUGUCAAAUCAAGCGUAAACAUUGGUGACUGACCAAUAUUACCAAAUAAAACAAUAAUUUUACAUCUUUAGUUCAAUUCAUAAAGUGCAAUAUGUACUCUAUAAUUGCCUUUAAAUAAUCUAAAGCUACAGUGCUAUCACAUACAUGUUUCAAACAUGGAUCAUCCAUUUUCAAGUGUGUGCUUAGUCAUGAUUUACAAUGUACCAUUAUUAUUAAAAUCCCACUGACUUCAAUAGGAUCAAACAAACACGGUGCUAAAAGGUUUAAAGCAAAUAUUAUUUUUGUUUUAUUUUAUAGAAGUAUUUAAUUUGUAGAAGGCAUUCGGCUGAUUAUUUAUUUAAUUAAGUAAAAUAUAUCUGACUUGAAUUCAGUUUUUUUUUAAUUUAAAGCAUUCGUAUUUAUCUAUCAACUUUUUAAUGAUUAUCUUCAGAAGUAAUUAUUGUUAAAAUAUCUCUGAUAUCAAUUAGGUAAAAAAUAUAUAUGUAAAUGACCUAUUGAUGUCAACAGCCAAUGCCUGUUUUGGAGUAUUGAUAAUAUAUGUAUAUAUAUUUUUUUGUAUUGUACAUGAAAAAUUUAAUUACUUUAAAUUGUUUGUUUUUUUUUUUAAGUACAUUUAUACUAAUUUAUUAUUGUAACAUAGAUUUCAUAACUUUAGUAAGUCUCUUACAAACUGUAGUAAUAUUUAUAUAUUAAAAAAGAAUUAUGUAUUUAAUUAAUAUAUGUAUGUGUUGAUAAAAGCAUCGCUGCAUCCUUUUUUAGCUUUUACUUUAUCUUUGUCUCCACACCAGUUUUAUUGAUUCUAUUGAAUUUGUUUUUGUGUCUGCGUUGAUUUAAUAAAGUACUUAAAACACAAUA